AUGCAAUACUUACUUCUAUGUGCAAUAUCGUUACUUUUUGGAACAGUAUCUUCUUUAGAAUGUCACAGUUGCUUAUCGUAUUGUAAAUUAAAACCAAAUGGUGACUUAGGUAUAGAUUGUGAUUGUAUUGGCAACACAACAUGUCAAGGCACUAGUUGUUUUGCCAAGGUUGAGGUUUUUAGCACUGAAGAAACGGCUAUUAUUCAGGUAAGUGGAGCUGAACGAUGGCUGUAAAUUUUUAAAAAUUAGGUUUUGAAAUUGAAAAAAAUUAAUUUAAAAAAAAUUAAAAACUAAUGAUUAAUUUUUUAAAGUUUAGGUUAUAAAUUAUAAAUUUAGAAAGGAUGCGCCACAAACUUACCGUAUGGAACAAACGGCUGUCACUAUGCUGGUGCUCAAGAAUCCAUUCAUUGCUAUUGUGAUGGAGAACAUUGUAACACAAAAGAACAUGUAAUACUAAUUUUAACAUUUUUAAAAAAUUUUUUCUGAAAUUUUUAUAAUGCAAUGUAAUUUAAUUUUAACUUUUAAGAAAUUGUUUAUAUUAUGAUAGAUUAAUGAUUUAAAACUAAUAGACAUUUUGUUAGCCAAAACAGUCAAAAAAAAAUAAAAAUAUGUUACAGUUCGACAACUACAAGCCAAAGCAACUCCCCAUCGUGCAAUGUUGCGAAUGCUCCGAACCGCGAGGUGAAAAGUGUCCAGAAGACAAAUGUGAACGAACGUGCCGUGGGAACUAUUGCCUAAUCGACUUUGAUGGUGUAGAACAAGGCUGCGGUUUGGGCUUACCACGUCUUCAAAACUUUUUACGCAUCCAAAACUAUACCGAUUUCCAAGGCACUUCUACUUGUGCACGGUACCAAGCUACACAGUCUACCAUCGUACAUGGAUGCGUUUGCACGUCGCCAACAGGAUAUUGUAACAGAGUGAAUGCAUCAAGAGAGUACCAGUUGGAAAAGGUGGUAUCAAGAAGAGUGGACGAUCAAAAUUACUGCUACAGUUUGCAUCAGAAAUCGCGAAAAGCGUUUGAUAAGGAUGUGUUUAAGAAGUAAGUUACCAUGGUACAAUCAGUUUCAUAGACUUGAGAAAACUUUAAGGUCAGACACAUGUGAAGGACAUUACUGCUUCAUUAGUAUGACAACAUCAGAGUUGGUGGUGGAGAAUACUACAGAGAUUGAUGCUGAUGGUAGAGGAUCGUAUGUUGGGUUAAGUCGGCCACGAUACGAAAUUCUGGCUGGUUGUUUGAAGGUUGACGAUGAUAAAGUAUGUUCUCAAUUAUAUAACAAUAACUUUUUCUAGAAAGUCAGUCUAGGCUGUACCACGGAAUACUCAGAAAACGGUAGUCCCAUCAGCAAACAUUGCAUUUGUGAAUCUCACUUAUGUAACUAUUACAACAAGCUGACUGAAGACAAUAGCACUACUGAAAAGCAAGUUAUACUAGACACUUCUCAUGAUCACGAUUUGGUAAAUUCACCGUCCGAAGCUGCUGGUACUAUUAUGACAUACGAUCCAUCGCGGCGUAAUUCGGCUAACAAACUAUGUGUAUAUAGUGUCAUUUUGUCUGUUGCUUAUUUCUUAAUGUUUUAG